UUUUAAACAAAAAAAAAAAAAAAAAAAAAAACCAUAAAAUAAAGUUUGAAAAACUAUCAUUAGACAAUUUUUUCCCCUUGUAAUGUAAAUGAGUUAGUCAGAUAGAUUUAAAAUUGUUUUAAAUAAUUAAGUACUUGCAUUAAGUGCCAAACACCCCCAAAAUGGUUAAAAAAAAAAGUAAUAAAUCGUCCUCACAAAACAGCAGUGUAUCAAAUAAACGCUCUCAAGGAUCAAUUAAAAAAUAUUGUACCAAAAAAAAAAUCAACAAGAAAAAUAACCUUUGCGUUAAACUUAGGAAAAAUAUAAAGAGGAAAGAUAAUCAAAAUGCAAUUAAUUCUACUCCAAUUAUUUUGAAUAAUAAAAAUAAUAAAAAGAAAAAAUCUUUGGAAAAUAUUCAAAAUAACCUAAUGUUAUAUGAAAUCAAACCAUUAAGUCCUACAAAACUUUCAAUAAGUGUUAAAAAGUUCUACAAUAAUAAUAAAUUCAAACAAUAUGAAGAAAAUUUACAUUUAUACAACAAAAAUGAUACAGUGCAUUUUAAGGAAACAAUUACUAUUAAUACAAAUAAAAAUAAAGAUAAUAAAGAUAUCAAACAUAAAAAUAUUUUAAGUUGUGAAAAAAAUUACAGCAGACCUAAAAAGAAGCUUAAAAAUAUGAACUAUCAUAAACCAUAUGAUUUAAACCCUCAACUAAAUAAAGAACAGUAUAAAAAGAAACAAAAAUCUAAUAUAACUGAAUCUAUGAAAAUAAUUAGUAAAGAGAGUGGCUUUGAGAAUGAUCAAACUCAUUUGAAUUCUCUACAAUCACAAAAAAAGAAUAAAACUCAGACAAAUGAAUAUCUUGUUGAAGAAUACCAAGUAACAAAAUCUACAGUUAAUGCUCUCUCAAUAUCUGUUAAGCGUUUUUACAAAAGUGACUGGAUAGAUAAUAAGGUGUCGAAGACAUCUGACAAUAAUGAAAAAGUGAUCAAGGAUAUGCCACUUGUUUCUGAUACUACAUUUAAUUCAAAAGCAGAUUUUAAUCAGUCACCUCUAUCGUCAAAAUUAAAUAGUAGUCAUAAAAUAAGCUUAAAUGUAAAACAUAUAAAUGAUACAUCUAAUAAUAAGCAACAAAAAGUCACUGCAUUUUUUCCUAUCCGAAGAAGUGCUCGUAAAACAAAAAAUAUAGUCAACGAAGAAAAACAAAUAGCCUUAAAAGAAGCUAUUGCCUCCCAAAAUGAAGAUGGAUUAAAAAUAACUGUAUUUCCUAAUAAAGGUCGAGGCAUAAUUGCUGGUAAAGAUUUUGCUCGUGGUGAGUAUGUUGUUGAAUAUUCUGGAGAAUUAAUUUAUAUACAAGAAGCUCGUAAAAGAGAAGCCAUUUAUUCACAAGAUACUUCAACUGGUUGUUACAUGUAUUAUUUUAAAUAUGGUUCAACACAUUACUGUAUUGAUGCAACACCUGAAAGUUCAAGACUUGGCAGACUUGUAAAUCAUUCAAGAUUUGGUAAUCUUGUACCUAAAGUUGUAGAAGUAGCUGGGUUACCUAGAAUUGUUUUGAUCGCAAAAUGUGAUAUUAAACGAGAUGAAGAAUUAACUUAUGAUUAUGGUGAUCGUAGUAAAGAAUCUCUGAUCAAUCAUCCUUGGCUUGCAUAUUGAGCUGUACACGUUAAUCUAGUGAAAUUUACCUUAAAAUUUUUUUAUUACUAAUAAAUUAAUCAUUAAUAAAGCAAUUUUAAAAUUUGCACUGCCAAUAAUUAUA